AUGGCUCGAGGUCCCUUCCCAGGCCAGCGCGCCAUGCUCACGACGAUUUGCGCCCUUGCCGCCAUCACGACGACGCUGUUCGCGCCAUGCACCGCCACCGACUAUGUGCCAGCAAACAUCUCCACCACGCCGGGCUACAAGCUGUUGCCAGGCAUCGCGUCGGUGCCCGCUCCUGUACGCGUUGCCCCGGAUCAGGGCUUUGAGUCUGGCAUCGAUGGCCACUGGAGCACCUUUAGUCUGAUGGUCGGCGAGCCAGCCAGCAACGUCCGCGUCCAAGUGUCCACCGCAAGCCAGCAGAUCUGGGUCAUCAACCGCCAAGCAUGUCUGCAGAACAUCACCGACGCCACGGGCAGCAUUGUGCAGUACAACCAGCUCAAUGGCGACUGUGAGUCGACCCGCGGCCGCCUGUUCAACCAGACGCUGUCAACGUCCUGGACCCAGAAGGGCUACUACCGAUUGUGGCUUGAGAAGUGGAUUGGACUCGAGGGCAACGGCCUGUUCGGCUUCGACUAUGUUGGCCUCGGGCUGCCGGGCGAGAAGGGUCCGUCUCUCCAGAGCACCAUCAUCGGCACCCUAGUGUCGUCCAACUUCUGGAUGGGCCAUCUCGGCAUGCACCCCAAGCCCACCAACUUCUCCGUCUUCGAGGACCCAGUGCCCAGUUUUAUGACUGGUCUCUUUGAGCAGAAAAGCAUACCCAGUCUUUCCUUCGGGUAUACUGCUGGUGCACCGUACCGAGUAGGCUCCAUUGAUGGCAAUGAUUUUCUCGGAAGCCUGACGCUUGGAGGAUACGAUGCAUCCAGACUCAUCCCCAACAACCUGACCUUCAUCUUUGCACCCGACAAUGAGCGCGAUCUUGUUGUAGGCGUUGCUGGUCUGACAGCCAACACUGCCACCAAACAAGGCAUCGAUCUCUUGAAACAGGUCGACCUGAACAUGUUCAUCGACUCCACAAUCGCUGAGAUGUGGUUGCCGCUUGAGGUAUGCAAAGCUUUCGAGGAUGCCUUCGGGCUCAAGUAUGACGCCAAGACGAACCUGUACCUCGUUGAUGACACUCUUCACCAGAGUUUGUUGGCACAAAGUCCCAAUGUUACCUUCACACUCGGCCAGAAGUACAGCACCGAUGCGACCAUGCAGAUCACACUACCCUAUGCCGCCUUUGACCUGGAGGCGUCGCCACCAUACAGGGGUCUCAAGCAGAAGAGCAAGUAUUUCCCUAUCAGACAAGGCGGAAACUCAAGCCAAUGGGUGCUGGGCAGAACAUUCUUGCAAGAGGCGUACUUGACUGUAGAUUGGGAACGCGAAAACUUCUCUGUUUCCGCGGUCGACUGGACGUGGGGCAGUGAGUCCGCCAUUUCUGCAAUUGUUUCUCCUCAGUACGCCUUACAGGAUCCUUUUUCAGCGCCGAAGAAACCUCUGUCUACAGCCGCCAUCAUUGGCAUUGCACUUGGGGGUGGAUUCGUGUUUGCGCUCAUUACGAUGGCAAUAGGCUGGUGGUUCUGGCGGAGGCGCCACCAGCAAAAGUUGGCGGCCAUCAAAGCGAAGUAUGAAGCAGAAGUCGCUGCUGCUGCCCUUGUGAAGAAGGCAACUCCAGGGGAACAGGAAGAGCCACCUGUGUCGCCCACGCAGGAGAGCGAGACGGGCACGAGCAUUUUUCCGAAGGCAGAGCUGCCCGCAGGACAUGCCAUUCAACAUGAACUAGCAACUGGUGCGCAAGAGAAGGAGCCACAUAUCAUCAACGAAGUGGAGAACAACGAGCGACAAAUCUACGAGAUGCCCGGUUGCAUUCCCGAGCCCAAGGAAGCGGACGGUCGUCAGCUUUCUGAAAAAGAGUCGAUGGUGGUCCGGGAGCGACUGUACAACGGCGUAGAUCCGCAUUCACCAGCCAUAUCGCCUGGACCGCAAGAAGCCCCACGCAGAUUGGCUCCAAUAUCUGCGUCAGAGAUUGCAGUGGUGGAUUCAAGACUGCCUAUCAACACCAAUGUGUCACCCGUUACUCCGCGAGCGCCAAGGGAUGGAGCUUUCCUGGAGAGCGCAGACACAUUCUUCCAAUUGCCGCCAUACCGUCCACGAGAUGGACAGGCGGAAGACUCGCUCUUUUCCCCGAUCUCACCCCUGGAGGGGCCCACAGACGACACGCCCCGGCGGCGGUUCUCGUACGAGUCAUGA